AAUUUCGUUAGAAAUAUGGUAACGAAAGUUGGGAGUCAAUGUGAUGUCUUAUGUUUGCUCAAGCUUUUUAAUAAUUUCUUGUGACAAUUUGAAACAACUGCAGGAAAAAGUAUUUUUCCUGCGACAUUUAUAAUUAUCACAUCUGUACAUCUAGCAUACAUCUGCUUGGAGUUGUUGAAAAUCCAAACGUAAGGGAUUCACUGCCGCUGACACCAAAUUCGAUAACAUCUGCUACAUUUGCCUCUGCAAUGCUGCACCGCCAUCUCAAGUUUAUAUUCAAUUCUACUUUCCCUGGUAAUGGUGGCAUCGCUUGUUUGCUUCUCAAAUGCAGCGGUCUUUUUCUACAACACCGGCUGUUGAGCUUCUUCCAAUUUUUGUCUUCAUAAUUGCCUUACCUCCAGAACAGUGGCAAUUGCCAGCGUUAUUUCCCUGUUCAAAACGGGUGAUCUCUCCACAACACCAAACUUAAGAGGUCUGCUGGUGAACUUGACAUAGGCAUUAUUGUCAACCAGGAUCUGCGUUCGACGAACCAUAUUUGUAAAAUCACCCAAAAAGUCUAAUAUGGUUUAUUAUUACCCAAUAAGGCUUUUGUCAACCUCUCACCAUGCGGCUUUCAGGGGUUUCCUGAGCAUGGAAGUGCUGGGACUGAUUUCUGCCACAGCUGUUUCUAUACUCUUAAUUCUGAAGUUUUAUACGAAUGUUGAGAUUGUACAUUUGCAAAUUGGGCUUGUAUGCCUUUGUUUAUUUACAGGAUUUGCAAUACUGACUGGAAUAUUUAUCUACGGCACAAACGAAUUAACGAUGUAUGCGUGUUACAUCUUGUCCUCGAUUUCGGCAUCGACUUUCUUCUUGGCUGCCGGUUAUUGUACGAAUGCAGAAGAAGGUUAAACAACUACACUGCUGACCUGCACACACGCACACACACACACACACACAUGCAUGCACACACAGGCACACACACACACAGGCACAGCACAUACACACACACACAAAUAAACACAUGCACACACAGCUCUAUCACUGUUAUACCUCAUAUAUAAUAAGAAUGACAACAACAAUGACGACGAUGAUUAUGAUGAUGAUGAUGAUGACAAUGAUGGUUGCCUUGAAAUUGUUGAUGAUGAUGGUGUUGGUGAUGCUGAUGCUUUAGAUGCAAGACUGUAAGUUUUAAAGAAUGGAAGUUAGUCAAUUAUAUGACUACUGUUUUAUCUUAUCAACCACCACCACCACACUAGAAAAGAAUGGAAGGUAAAGCUGUCUUGGGUUUCAUUUGAAUUCUAAACAUGAAAAAAAAACAAAAAAAAACAACAUAGGGACGAUGAUGAAAACAAACACUGCAAAACCCCUUUUAUUUUCUUGUGUUCUAAUGUUUCUGCUGAAAUACCACUUUCAUAAUAACAAUAAUAAUAAUAAUGAUAAUAAUAAUAAUAAUAAUAAUAAUAAUCCUUUCUGCUAUAGACACAAGGCAAAAUGCUUAGCGAUAUUUCAUCUGCCUUUACAUUCUGAGUUCAAAUUCCGCUCAGGUCAACUCUGCCUCUCAUCCUUUCAGGGUCGAUAAAUUAAGUACCAGUUGCGUACUGGGGGUCAAUCUAAAAUUUGGGCAUUGUGCCUAGAGUAGAAAAGAAUAUUUUAUCAUUUUUGCUUGAGCCUGUCUCCACUGCAAUCAUCACUUCAUCUGGAUUGUGUUUAUCUUUUACUUGUCUCAUUCAUUAGACUGUGGCCAUGCUGGGGCACCACCUAGAUGUUUUAGUUAAAUGAAUCAACCUAUUUUUUAAGCCUGGUAUUUAUUCUAUCAGUUUCUUUUGCCAAACUGCCAAGUUACAGGGAUGUAAGCACACCAACACUGGUUGUCAAGUGGUAGUGAUGAUGGUGGUGGUGUUGGUGGUGGGGAACAAACACGGAGAGAAAGACACACACAUACACAUAGAUAGAUAUACAUACAUAGGUGCAGGUGUGGCUGUGUGGUAAGUAGCUUGCUUCCCAACCACAUGGUUCUGGGUUCAGUCCCACUGUGUGGCACCUUGGGCAAGUGUCUUCUACUACAGC